AUGGAUCUUCCAAACUUUACAACAGUGAAUGAAUUUAUUAUCACAGGGUUUCCCAAUCUGCAGAAGAACAGAGAACCUAUCUUUGUGUUAGUGUUGAUUGUCUACAUAUUGACAGUGACUGCAAAUAUGGUUAUAAUCUUUAUCAUCAGACAUAAACCUUCUCUCCAUACCCCCAUGUAUUUUUUCCUUGGUAACUUCUCCCUGCUGGAAAUCUGUUUUACCUCAGUCACAGUCCCAACAAUGCUGGCUAACCUUAUUAAAGAAAGGAAUGUUAUAUCUUUCACUAACUGUCUUGUCCAAAUAUAUUUUUUCCAUGGUUUAGGUGGAGUUGAGUGUCUUCUUUUGUCUGCUAUGGCAUAUGAUAGGUAUGUGGCUAUACGUUCUCCUCUAAGGUACAGUGUCAUUAUGAAUAGUUUUGUCUAUUGUCAACUUGCUGCCUGGUCAUGGAUCAUUGGUUUGUCUUUACCAUUAAUACCAGUCAUUCUCAUAUCUCAGCUCAAUUAUUGUGGGAACAAUGUGGUAGGCCAUUUUUUCUGUGACAUCUUGCCAUUGCUCAGACUGGUUUGUAAUAGAACCCAACUCAAUGAAAUGCUGAGCUUCUUCAUCUGUUCCUUCCUUCUUGUCGGCUCAUUCACAAUAACUUUGAUUUCUUAUGCUGCUAUUCUGGCCAUUGUUCUGGGCAUCCGUUCAUCAGAUGGUCGUAAAAAGGCUUUCUCUACUUUUGCCUCUCACUUGACAGUAGUUGGCAUCUUCUAUGGAACUAUGAUGUUCAUAUACAUCAGGCCCACCCGAAACCUCUCUUUCAAUAUGGACCAGCUGGUGGCUGUGUUCUAUUGCCUUGUUACUCCACUCCUGAAUCCCAUCAUAUAUAGUCUCAGGAACAAGGAGGUAAAACAGGCUCUUAAAACAGUUAUCUGUAGAAAAUUAAUGAACAGAGGUGACAUGUGA